CUGUUCUCGGCGUUGAAACGAUAAUUGCUGAAGUAAUAUGAUUGGUUCUUGGUCGAUCAUUUUACUAACUCCUUCAUAUAAAUGUUUAAUGUGCUGCAUGAGACUUGAAUAGAUCAGCGGUUUAUUCAGAGAAAGCAUUUAUUGAUUGAACUUUCAGAAGAUGAAGACCCUGAUAGUGUUUUGUUGCCUUGUGGCUGCAAUUUUUGCUUCUCCUUUUAAAUUCAAAUUUAAGGAAGGAUCUGCCAUUUAUGAUGCAGUUGCCCAUACUGCAUCGAUGGUACACAAGAGAGACACUGUAAAGAGAGAUGCCAUGGCCAUGGCCUUUAGAUGGAUUGAUACCGAUAAAGAUGGACACAUUAAUGGUAACGAAUUUGCCGCAUUUUAUGCCAAUGCACACAUACCUGGACUGGACUACAGCCGGAGUCGAUGGAGACAAAUAUUCAACUUAGCCAUACCUCAAAUUGACACAAACGGGAAUGAAGAGCUAGAAAUUGGAGAAUUCCGGACUUUAGCAGAACAUGGAAUGAGAGGAUAUUAAAGACACAUUGUGACAACGUUCUACCCGUUGUUCUCACAGCUAUCACAGGAACAUUGACCUAUAAGUCUGAUUCAAUAUCAACCAUUUUCAGUUCUGACUUUAUACAAAAUUUGUGUCUGUUUUUCUUAUUCAUUUUUUGUCUGCUUUAACCGAAGCUGCUCUGCCCAAAUUAUAAACAAAUUUAACACAUUUUUAAUGUAUCAAUAUGAUUUUUUUUUUCUUUUUAUUUACACGAUGUAUAAUCCAAAGCUAGCUGUUCAUGUUGCUAAUCAUUUGCUCUGUGACAAAUAGUUGCCUACUUGCAUUCAUACAACUUCAAAUUUUGACUUUGAUACUAAAAUUUGAAAGAGGGUUUACUAAAACAUUGAUACUUUUAACAGUGUUUGUAUCUUUCAAAUAAUGAACAAGCAAAUUAUAGUUUUCAAUUAUUCAGGAACAAAUAAAAUAAUGAACUUUU